CAGAGCCUGCAACUGUCAUUCUUGUGCUAACUGCAAAAGCAUCAAGACGUCGUCUGAUAUAUCUUCUGGCGACGGCGCUAUAUACUUCUUGUACCUUGUGAAAAGUUGAUUGAUUCAACAUGUCUCUGUUCACCGAGCUCUGCUCCAUAACUCACUGCCAGCAUCUCGACGAGUUCGAGCAGGCUCGUGAAAGCGGCAGAUUCUUGCCCGUCGAUGCUUCAAAAUCUUUGCCCAAGAUUGGUUUCUCAGGCAAAGUGAUCUGGUUCGCGCCUUCCAUGGAUAAGCGUUCUCAUAACAAGUAUGGAAACGUGAGUAGCACCAUUACAAUGGCAAAGUUCUGUGAGAAGUUCGGCAAGAUUUUUUAUGAAGCCGACACCGUGGAUCGUCCAGAUGGCCGUGUGGCUCGACUUCUGUGUACCCGAGGCCGAGAGUGCUUGCCGUCAAUGCAGCCGGUAGACGUAGUCCACGACGAAAAGAAGACCACGUCGGUGCCGCUGAAACAGAGCGGAAUCUACUGGGUGUACCGAUCGAAGUUGGACGACGUAUCGAUGGGAUUAGAGAUCGCCGUUUUCGUCAGGGAGGAUGACUGCCAGUGGCUUUUCGAGAACUCGGCGCAUGAGGCAAACAACCAUUCCCUAGCAAACACCAAACCUCUGGGCUGUACCUCAAAGUUCUGUCAAAAGUACAACUUCUACGGGGAAAAGUGCCCUAGCGCACUCACCCUUGAAGUCGCUAAAAUGAAGAUGGACGAGCGUUGAUUUACCUAUUCCUAGAGGAUUAAUGCUGAUAUCAGCCAGUUCUCGUUCGACUCGGAAAUAAAGAAGGCUACCUCGUAAUGUAGUUGAGUUGUGUUAGGUAGUUUUCUUUAAAUUUUUUCGCUGCUGUGAGCUCGUUAGUUUACUUGCGUCGUAUUAUUAUAAAGUUUCGGUUUGUGUUUGAGUCAACUUGGAGUAAAUCUCGUGUGAAACGGUUAUACUCAAUGUUGUGGUCCCGUGACAUGACGGGGGACCGGGGACCUUUAAUAGUUAGACAAUA